AUGGCUUCCAUGCCAAACACUCAAGUCGAGAUUGCCGUCUCAGCUCGAAACCUCUUAGACAUGGAUAUAACAUCAAAGUCAGAUCCUCUCUGUGUCCUCUUCAUGAAGCAGUUGGCUUCAACUGAGUACAGAGAGAUAGGUAGGACUGAAGUUAUAUGGAACACUUUGAAUCCAGAUUUUGUUAAAAAAUUUGUCUUGGAUUAUUUCUUUGAAGAAUCACAGAAACUCAAAUUUGAACUCUAUGAUGUUGACUCAAUGAGUACAGAUCUUUCUAAACAUGAUUUCUUGGGUAGAAUGGAAUGUACAUUAGCUGAAAUUGUAUCUUCAAACAAGCUGUCAAAAGAGUUGACUGGCAUCAAAGGAAAAAAUUGUGGCACUAUAAUUCUAUCUGCUGAAGAACUGAAUGCAAGCAGGGAUGAAAUAAAACUUCAGUUCUGUGCUGUCAAACUUGAUCGUAAAGACUUUUUUGGCAAAUCGGAUCCAUUUUUAGUGAUCAGCCGAGUGAACGAGGAUCAAACGUACACAGUAGUUCACAAAACAGAAGUCAUCAAACAAACAUUGAAGCCAACAUGGCAGCCAUUUGUAUUGCCUUUAAGAACCUUGUGUAACUGUGACAGCUAUCGUGCACUAAAAAUAGAAUGUUUUGAUUGGAAUCGUAAUGGUUCACAUGCUCUCAUUGGUCAGUUCAGUACAUCAGUGAAUGAACUGUCAAAAGGUCUUGGGCCUUCCAACGAAUACGAAUGCAUCAACCCAACACUGCAAGCCAAGAAGGGCAAACGAUACAAAAAUUCAGGGAUUGUCAAGCUGAUCAUGUGUGAAAUCCAACAAGUGCCAACAUUUCUUGACUACAUCAAAUCAGGGGUACAGGUUCACUGCACAAUUGCUGUCGACCUCACUGCCUCCAAUGGCGACCCGAGAUCUCCCUCCUCCCUUCAUUAUCUUGAUUCACACAAUCCUAACCUUUAUGCCAGAGCUCUUCGGUCAGUUGGUGAGAUCAUCCAAGAUUACAGCACAGACAAACUUUUCCCUGCAUUGGGAUUUGGGGCAAAAAUCCCACCAGAUGGCAGGGUGUCUCACGAAAUUUUUCUGAAUGGUGACUCCACAAAUCCGUACUGCAUUGGGGUAGAUGGGGUGCUGACAGCAUACUACCAAACACUGUCCAGGGUGCAGCUCUAUGGGCCCACAAACUUUGCUCCUGUUAUCAAUUACGUUGCUAACGUUGCUUCAAAAUGGAGGAAGGAGGGAAAACAUUACUUCAUCCUGCUGAUCCUGACAGACGGCAUCAUCACCGAUAUGCCACAAACCACGGAGGCCAUUGUGAGGGCUUCAAGUCUGCCACUUUCCAUUAUUAUUGUUGGGAUUGGAAAUGCUGAUUUUGAGGCUAUGAAUAUUUUGGACGGCGAUGAGGUUCGCCUCUCGUACAAUGGCAAGAUGGCCGACAGGGAUAUUGUUCAAUUUGUACCAUUCAGGGAAUUCAUUGGAGGUUGUUAUGGGGAUGACCUUGGAAGGUCACAGGCCAUGCUAGCUAAGGAGGUCUUGGCUGAAAUUCCUGAUCAAUUUUUGUCUUACAUGAAAAGGAAUGUUGUUAAGCUGAAGUUCUGA